AGAGCGUUCUCGCGCCAUUUUCAAUUUGACAUUGACAUGUGCAUACGUCUAUGAUAUGGAGCGAUUGAUUUUUUUUUAAUUGUAUAUUACGCAAAUAAAAAUUAUAAUGGAGUACUGUGAUUAUAGUCUUGUCAAAAACGGAACUGUUUUUAAGGAGAAUAUAAAAAAGGACGGAACCAGAGCAUUUUUUCGACAGCUAUUAAUCUCAAGCACUGUUUGGUCGGUUUACUUCUGCAUGGGACUCUGCAUCGGAGCUCCGACGGUCUUCAUACCGCAGCUGGGGAAGGAAGCUAAUUCCACUGACGCCGUCACCUCGGAAAUGGCGUCGUGGCUGUCUUCGGUAUUCGGCUACAGCGCUCUGCCCUGGGUAUUGAUACUUUGCUGGCUUCUCAACGCGAUCGGACGGAAACGGACCUCUAUUAUAAUGUCGCUAUCCACUGUGGCAAUGUUCGUCGUCUUCUAUUUUAGUAAAACCGCCAACGAUUUACUUAUCACCGAAAUACUGACGGGCCUGACGCACGCCAGCACGAUGACCGUCACAGUUGUUGCCAUAGGUGAAUAUUCUUCGCCUAAAUUCAGAGGGAUAUUCCUCACUCUAAAAUCGGCGUCGUUACUCUGGGGAAUUUGGACGUCGAACGCGAUCGGAACGUUCUUUCACUGGAGGUACAUACCUCUGAUGGGAAUCUUGUGUUCCCUGCAUACAUUAACUGUGUUUUACUGGUGCGAAUCGCCAUAUUGGUUGGCGUGCAAAGGUAGAUUCGACGAAUGCCGAAAAACGCACAGGUGGCUCAAAGGUAACGGUAGAGCUUCGGAGCGCGAGUUAAAAAAAUUGAUCGAUUCCUUAAAACGAACACAAAGCAAAGAGAUCGAAUUAAAAAGUUUACUGUCAAAAGAGUUUUAUAUUCCAUUAUUGUUGUCUAUUUUAGUCGUAACGCAAUAUCAUUUUUCCGGGAAAUUAGUAUGCAGUAUUUACGUUAUAGAAAUCUUAAAAAGGAUUACUAAUGAUGAAGCCACAGCGUACUAUGGGAUGUUAAUUCUCGACGGCGUAACCGUCAUCAGCACUUACAUCGGCUGUAUCUUAUGUAGGAUUUUAAAGCGCAGGACUCUGCUACUUACGUCUAGCACCAUAGGGAUUACAUUUCUAUACAUACUAGCUUUGUACUUGUGGCUUAUCAGAAUUGAAGUCGUGACGGAAAUCAAGAUGGCUUCGGUCUUGUUUCUCGCGGCUUUUUCGACCUCCAUUAGCUGCGGGCCGAUGAUCAUGGCGACGUCUUUGUACGGUGAAUUAAUACCGUUGAGAUUUAAAAGCGUUUCGAUAAUAUUAAUUGCAUUUACAUUCUUCGGUUUUCACAGUACGCUGUUGAAGUUAGCUCCCGCCAUUUUUGCUAAUUUCGGCUUGGAUGGAAUGUUUCUAUUUUACGCUUCAACAUCAACAUUAAUCGCCAUUUUGAUUUACAAAUAUCUACCGGAGACCAAAGAUAAAACUUUACAAGAAAUCGAAGAUUAUUUUAAGGAUUCGACAAAUAAUUCUGAUGUUACGAAUCUAGUUCGCGAUAAAAUUGUCAGUUGAUAAUGAAUUACUUAUAUUAGUUACCUUAGAACUUUUUACUGGUGGUAGGACCUCUGGUGAGUCCGCACGGGUAGGUCCACCGUCCCGCCUAUUUCUGUCGUGAAGCAGUAAUGCGUUACGGCUUGAAGGGUGGGGCAGCCGUUGUAACUAUACUGAGACCUUAGAGCUUAUAUCUCAAGGUGGGUGGCGCAUUUACGUUGUAAAUCUCUAUGGGCUCCAGUAACCACUUAACACCAGGUGGGCUGUGAGUUUGUCCACCCAUCUAAGCAGUAAAAAAUAAAAAAGUUGAACUACAUAUUUUUGGUAAUGCCGAUUUUGAAGAGUCUUGUGUGUAUGAAAACGCUUCACGUGUGGUCCCAUUUAAGUUCUACCAGGAUCCAACUAUUCGCUUCGGAGUUAUCCUUAACACGUUGAAUGCCAUAAAAUCGUACAUAUUUUCAUUCAGGCCAUCGUGUUCACCGAAGAGCCUUUUAAAAUAUCCAAACUAAAGACGGUUUAAAGUCUCUAAUUUUUAUCUACCGUUCAAAUUAUGGCAUCUAUAUAUUAAUACGUGAAGCAAAAAUUUUGUAUCCCUUUUUACGAAAAUUGCGCGGACAGAGGAGUAUAAAAUUUUCCACACUUAUAGAGAAUAUAGAGAAGAAGUGCACAAUGCUAAUAUUUUUUUAAAUAAUGCAUAAAAGAUACAUUAUAUCAAUAAAGAAAAACUUACACACACUACAUACCAUGUAUUUGACGCACACACGCAUGCAUACUAUUUACUGUCAAACUUUUGUUCUUGGCGUCUGUUGUCAAAUUGAGAAUAGAUUAAAUAUUGUUUGCCUUUGUUAAUAUUUUUUAUAGUGUAGUCUUGGCGAAAUUUGUGAUUAAAGAAGUAUAAAAUACAAUCAUAAUAGUGUACAAACUUACAAUUCCAAUUAAUUAUAGUCGAAUUUCGACUACUGCGGGACCUCUAGUUUUAUUAAUUUUAGAAUAAAAAUAUCGAGUUGAUAAUUAUAAUUACUGAUUCCCUGAUUCUGGCUUGACCCGAAUAUGGUGCGCUAGGACCAACGGUGGGUCAUAAAGCGUACAACGUGUUAGUAAUGCAUACACAUCACUACACAGGGUCACUACACAAGGGGGUCGCGGGAUUGAAUCACGCCAAGAGAAGAUAUUUGUAUGAUAAAUAUAAGAUGUCUUCUCCAGGGUUAUAGAUGUAUAUUAAAUAUAUGUAUGUGUAUAAUAAAAAUCUUUCAUUUAUUUCCGUUAUCUGGUACCUGUAACACAAGCUCUUUACGAACUUAGCACAGGACCAGUUAACGUGGCGUGAUUGUUAGUAAAUAUUUAUAUAUUAUUAUAGGUAUAUAUUAUAUUAUACAUCGCGGCCUGCUGAGAAGAUCCGGCGAGAAACUCAGUAGGCUGAGUAAUGGUAAUGGAUGUUAGGGUGCAUGUCGAACUCUUUGUCGAGUUCGAUGAGUACGGUUACCGGGGUCCCUAAGCCUGCUCCUAGUGUUAGAGCUGAACGCGUCUAACGCAAGGGUCACAAGAUCUGAUGGAUGCACGUAGAGAAAUCCCUUACAUAGUCCGUUCCAUGUCUCGUUGCGUGACUUGAAUUUUGCUCUAAUUAACAACGUGUUUGUUGGUAAGUGUUUAAAAAAAAUUAACCCGCUGAAAAUAGCAAUUGUUUAUUAAAUUUAUACAUAACACGUAAAACCGGUCUGGUAUAUUUAAAAUUGCUUCGUGUAUUAUUAUUUUUUUAAUUAAUGUUACACGAAAAUCUUGUUCUGAUAAUUUUAUUAUGAGAACAACUGAAAUUAAGUUGACAGUGUCGAUUGAGAGAUUCUCGACCCCCCGUCAAACACGUGGACUAUGUUCCUAUUAAAAAUACGAACAUUUAACUCUACAUAUAUGAACAUUAAAUGACAGCACUUAUGGAUGAUUGUUUUCUUUUCCUACCUAUGCUGAUAGCCUUGAGAGGCUAUUUCAGCUUCUCCUUGAUGUGUAGGUGAGCUCACGGGGCUCAAACCGGAGUGUUGCUAACACUGGCCCAAGCAAGAGCCGUGCUUCGCAGAAUCUACCAUCGGAUCGGAAUCGCGACCCGCUGCGAAGAUCCGGCGAGAAACUCAGUGGGCUGUGUCUAUGGGUUAAUUCGUCGACCGGUGCUUGUGGUACCUAAAAGCACCGUUAAUGGAUCGGGAGGAUCCGUAAUGACGUGUUCGGAGCCUAUAUGUAAGCUUAUCUUGAUAAUGUCGUAAGCGAGAUUCAAGCAUGUGUCAAAUAUCUUGUGUACAGUGAUGGCUACCCGCCACAUUAAUCUAUUAUAGUUACCGCCUUAAUGUAAGUUGUCAAUAAAUUUAAUAUGAUCAUU